CUGAUAUUCGUGUCUCCAUUUCUGUUCUUCCCCCAUCUGUUCCAAACCCUAGAAUUUCGACGAUGAGGGGUCUGAUAUCCGGCGCGAAGAGGCUAUGGACUCCGUCGUUGAUAGCAACGAAGACGGCGAACACAACUGCGCGAAGAAGCUACAGUCUGAUUCCGAUGGUCAUAGAGCACUCUUCGCGAGGCGAGAGAGCCUACGAUAUCUUCUCUCGGCUGCUAAAGGAGCGUAUAAUCUGCAUCAAUGGUCCCAUCAACGACGACACGUCUCACGUCGUCGUCGCUCAGCUUCUCUUCCUCGAGUCCGAGAACCCAUCUAAGCCUAUCUAUAUGUACCUCAACUCGCCUGGCGGCCAUGUCACCGCGGGUCUUGCAAUUUAUGAUACUAUGCAGUACAUUCAAUCACCAAUAAACACCAUUUGCUUGGGCCAAGCUGCAUCCAUGGCUUCUCUCCUCUUGGCAGCAGGUGCCACGGGGCAAAGACGGGCUCUCCCAAAUGCAACCAUUAUGAUUCAUCAGCCUUCCGGAGGGUAUAGUGGGCAGGCUAAGGAUUUGACAAUUCACACUAAGCAGAUUGUUCGUGUGUGGGAUGCGUUAAAUGAAUUGUAUGUAAAACACACGGGGCAAUCGUUAGAGGUGAUUCAGAAGAAUAUGGAUAGGGAUUAUUUCAUGACUCCUGAAGAGGCGAAGGCUUUUGGAAUAAUUGAUGAAGUAAUUGAUAAAAGACCGAUGGAGUUGGUGAGGGACGCUGUCGGAACUGAAAGCAAAGACAAAAGCUCAAGUUAGGCAGACAUGGUAAUCAUAGUAAUAAAAUUCCAUUCCUUUCCUUUACCAGUUUUGCUUUGCUGCUGUUUGAUAUAUUUCCAAUGGAUAGUGUUAUGCUUUGGUGGGGAAUAAUCUCUUAGACUGUUUUCCUCCUCAUAAGAAUCCCGGUUAUCCUUUGAACAUUCUUUUUCCUUGCUUGGUUAA